CUGCGCGUGCGCGGCGGGGCGCGGAGCGGAGGAGGCCGCCAUGUGUUCCGCGGGCACGCUCAGCGUCCUGCGCAGCGACUCCUACGCGGCCCUCAGCCAGUACCGCGACCAGCACUUCCGGGGCACGCGGUACGACCAGGAGCGGCUGCUGAGGAAGAGCUGCACGCUGUACGUGGGGAACCUCUCCUUCUACACCACGGAGGAGCAGAUCCACGAGCUCUUCGGCAAGAGCGGCGACAUCAAGAAGGUCAUCAUGGGGCUGGAUAAAGUGAAGAAAACCGCCUGCGGCUUCUGCUUCGUGGAGUAUUAUGCAAGAGGAGAUGCUGAAAACGCGAUGCGAUAUAUCAAUGGAACUAGACUCGAUGAUAGGAUCAUAAGGACAGAUUGGGAUGCAGGAUUUAAGGAGGGUAGACAGUAUGGUCGUGGAAGAUCAGGGGGCCAGGUCCGAGACGAGUAUCGUCAAGACUAUGAUGCUGGAAGAGGUGGCUAUGGCAAAACUGUGCAAUGCGUGUGAACAGGGAAUGUUCCUCAGCCUCACUGGAGACUUAAAUCUGCAUUGUAAAUGUCACCAGGCACAAAGUAGGUCUGUUGCACACAAAUUUUUGUAGCUAGAAGUACACAGGAACUACUUGCCAUGUUCCUGUGAUCACAUUGAAUGUUCAGUGUCUCUUCAGUUUUAAUACCAGGGUAUGAAGCAUUGCAGAGUACGUUAAUGCAGGGGGCCUGAGAGCAGGGGUUUAGGCAAUAGUAUGUGUGAGGCUUUGGUCUUUAAAUGCUGCUGUCACUACUAUGAAGAACAAAGAUUCAAUGGUAUGGUGCUUUCUUUCACUGGCAAAACUUGACUAUUGCAUCACUGGGUUUUGUUUACAUUGGUAUCACAGGGUGGGGAGUGGCAAUAAAGGAGAAUUGGUGGAUAUGUGUGAGAAGAAAAAAGGCAAAGAGCCUGAAAAGGAAGUGCUAUUUUAGGGAAAUGUUCCAAUUUCUAGGGAAGACUUAAAGUUGCGGACUUUCUGGGAUUAAUGGAUUAACAUCCUCUGAUGCCAUUCCUCACACCUCAAUAAAACAAGUCAGAUUGAUGAACCCGGGAAUCAUAAAGUGAAAGGCCAGCCUAGCAGAGAACAGACUACAGUCUUCUACAAAGUGUGUGAUUGCUUGACAUUGAGUCUGGUACCUCUGUACAGCCUUAAAACUUGAGGACGAUGUUUUUCCUGCACUUGCAAGGCGUGAAGCCAUUAUAUACUUACCCCAAAAAUUAGAUAUUUGAAGAACUACGCAUAUAAUAAGAAAGUUUGUUCUCUAGAUAGACUUUUCUGUUUGAGAAACUUGAUUUUAAACAAAGUUGAAGAUGAAAAGAGUUUUGGGAAAAGCCUUACUUUCCACUGAACAUGUGGUAAGAAUGGUAAAAGAAUUGCAAGACUAUCUAAUUAUUUGUUGUUUUUUUUUUUCCUUUUGGAUCCUAUUAAAACUGUUAGUUUAUAAGAUGGGAUUUUGAUGUACUGCAGAUACAGGAAUAAAAACAAUGAGUGUUCCCAGGAUCUGUGAAAUUGACCUACUGAAAUGAAGUAGUUUAAGAGGAACUGUUACAGGGCUUUGGUUUAUUUUUUUCCCAAGGAUUUCUGAGUUCUUGAGAGGUGACAAUUUAUAAAGCUUUGUCCAAAUACUUUGUUGUCUGUGACUCCUUAAAAACCUUUAAAAUACCAGGUCUGUAAAAGCUGAUCUUUACUUGCUGAAGAUAUUGCUGGAAAUCUUGAUGUGUUUCUUGUGUACAGCAGUAGUCACAAAUGUUACUGGAAAUUGGAAAUACAGUGAGGUAGAACCGCUGCAAUGAGACUUUACUUACUUAGGAAACAAGGUUUUGGGUUGGCUUUGGGUUUUUUGGCACAUAGAGUAAAACUAGAUUUUCGGGAUCACGUGGUGCUGGUCUACAAACAAGACUUUGAAUGAAGUUACCUUUUUCUACAGUACAUUUGAUUAUGAGUUUACAGCCUGUAAUCUACUCUAGGAAACUUCUGAAGUUUAUUUUUCAUUGUAUCAAUUUUGUAUAAAAGAUUGAGUUACCAAAAAGUCACUUUCAAAUAAAGCUGCAACAUUAAAAUGGA